AUGCAGCCCUUCAAAGGUAAAAUUGUUCUCAAUGCGGCCCUCAGAGCAAAAAGUGCCUUCCGAUAUAAAAGACUUCGAAUAGUUUAUUUUCCGAUGUUUUAUAAUUUAUUACUCAAAGAGGAAUUGGAAUCAGAGGUAGAGAAGAUCAGAUUACUCAUUGGAGAUUACCCAUUUAUAAAAAUCCUUUGGACUUUUCAGGAAGUUAAUUUAACCAUUGCAUCAAAUUAUUUCAUUACAUUUAAUCAAGUAGGACAACUACGAAAAUGUACAAUCAUUGAUGAGGGAUUGUCCAGAGAUAGCUACAUUUAG